ACGAAGCGGCCUGGAGCGCGAACACAAAAUCACACAAGUCUUCCGUGUCAGCACGGUUCGUCCUUGGUUUUUCUAGAGGCUUCCAAUUGGGACCAUGAUCGCUGUAUCUCCAGAGCCUACGGGAUCUGGAGAACCUGCAGUCUCUGCGGAACAUGCCUUAAGCGUAGUAGGACAGCUUUUGGGUGCUUCCUUCCUUCGCGAAGCCGAAAAGAACAUCUGCUCGUGCUCGGGUUCCGUUGACAGGCUCCGAGAGUGCGGCAUUCUGCCCGACACGCCCCAAAUGUCUCACUUUAGCCUCCAAUGUCCUUCCAUAUCGCUCGUUCACGAAAAGCAUACGAGCGUCGAUCACCGCACUCGUCAAACUGCGCAUGACUUGGCCAUUGCCCUCCUCUCGCGUCCCGUUGUCUUGCGGCGGGCCAACUACCAUUGCUCUUCCAGCAUGAAACCGCAAACCAGCCAGGGUGCUUCCAAUCCCGUCUUCCAAACGGACUCAUUGCCGCAGCUGUCGCAGCAGAUUCUUGAAAACGCGUAUCAAUCCUUCACCGUGCUCAUCGACAGCCGCCUGCGUGCCUACGCGAGCUUUCUGGCACGACACGCAAUGGCCGUCGCCGAUGAAAAGACCAACGAGAUGGGCAUGUUCAGCGUGGAGCAAAAGCUGGAGACACUCUUGGAUGUUGGCGGUAAGAUCACCGUUUCGCGAGUCUCCACGCGCUUUGAUGUGGCGGAAGUCGAGGGCGUUCAGGAAGGCGAUCACUACUCGUUUCCUCUUUCGUUUUACGUCGAAAUGUCGCUGAUGAUCCCGCGUCCUCUGGCCACCGAUGAGAUGGUCUCCGUUGCCUUUUCCGCCCCGGGAACGAUUGCGGCAAUGGUUGGCGAAAAGCAGAUUCUUUCUCAAGUCUCGGUCUCGUUGAAUGUGGAUGCACUUCUAUCGGAGAUGAUGGACCGCGCGUCUUGUAUUGUGGCCGCGGUAGUGGAGAUCGCCAACAACGCCUUUUGCAUUCCGGAAGAGCCCAAGAGUAUCCAACGCGGUGACAGCUAUCUCGCUAUGCCGCCACCACCACCCCCUCCGCAACCCAUCCCCAGACAAAAUUCGACGAAUCUGAGGGCCAAGCUCGUUAACCCGCUUGAACUUCUCAGCAAUGCCGCUGCCGAACUCCCGGUUGUUUCGCCAGAUCUGUCCGGCCUGAUGUCCCCAAGACACGGUGUGCCACCUUUGACCUUGGAGAUCCCUACAGUGGAUCCCUACCUGGAGGACACUGACGAUUCCGAGAAGGGUGUUUCCGAAUUCUCUGCCGAUCAGUGCGCAGAUAUUGUCGACGGCGUCUUUGGCGCUCUCGACGAUGCCUUUCUCAAGGAACCGCGCUACAAAAAGGCCAAGGGGCAACCCUGACCAACGCCCUUUUACCCACUAUAUACAAAGUGACACGAUGUCGCAACUUCUACAAUCUCCAACCAAAACCUCGAAAAUUCCUCUGUUGCACAGAACCGAUCAUUCCACCGCUUCAAGUCUUCGCAUUCUGCUGUUUCCGAGCUAUACAUUUACCCGCGCAUCAAUUCUCAAGUUUUGUAUCUCUGCUCGGCGCAACCUCUGUAGACAUCCCAGACAGCCCUCUCAUCUGACGUACCCAUCCACUUAUCUCAAUAUUGAAUCAAUUAUCAGCUAUAGGGCAAAAGGCUGCCCACGUUUCCUUCUCCAUGUACUGUUUUGACGCCUUUCGUCUGAUUCCGUAGCUAAAUAUCACGAAAUAGAACACUUUAACACGGACGAUGGACCU